GGCAUGCGCACUGUCCUUUCGAUGGAGAACUUCCUGUUUAUUUCGCCAAUCCCACUUCCUAGUUUUGGUGGGAUGAGUUUAUGAACAGGGUAUUGUUUGCUUUAACAACACACAAUCAGCUGACUUUGGACUAGUCCACAUCUUUUUGACUUGGACAGACAAGUAGGGUAACCAGGAAAUCAGUCCUCUCUCAGCAGUGACACAGACCACCACACGUUGUGGUCACAUACCAAGUCAGUGCUCUUGCUGAGGAACACAUAUUGAGCAUGGCUGGUGUGAUUGACAAGCUGCGGAAGAAGAACAAGGUUCCUGCGUCAGAAUGGUCCAGGACAGGAAGCUUCCUGAACAAACCCGAGAUAGGCUGGAUCCACCCAGACCAACAGCUGGAGCCUGAUGCAGGAAUCUGCUAUGGUGUCAGGUAUAUUGGUUGUAUAGAAGUGAAGGAAUCCAUGAAAUCUUUAGACUUUGAAACAAGAACAACACUCACAAGAGAAGCAAUCAACAGAGUAACAGAAGCAGCUGGACUCAAAACAGCAUCGAAGAAACGAAAGGUAGAAAAGAAGAUACAGAAAAUGAUCGGCGACAAUCCGUACAUGCAGUAUGCUGGAUCCAAUGUCAAUCUUACCAUCACUGUGGAAUCCAUUAAUCUUAUGGUCAUGGAAUCAGGGGAGAUUAUUGCUGACCACCCCAUGCAGGUUGUGUCGUUUGCCUCAGGAGGGGAUGCUGAAACAUUAGAUUUUGUGGCUUACGUUGCCAAGGAUCCCCAGAAGGGCCGAGCUUGUCAUGUGCUGGAGUGUGGGGGAGGACUGGCGGAGGACGUGGUCACCACAGUCGGGCAAGCCUUUGAGCUCCGCUUCAAGCAGUAUCUCAAGAAGCAGCCUAAGGCUGUCAGGCUGCCAGACAGGCAAGAGAAUCCUAGUUUUGACAACAGCAAAUGGGGUGAUGAAGAGGAAUACUACAAUGACCACCCUGGGGCGUGUCCCCCCUCACCCCCUAUCCCUGAAGUCCCCCCUGUCCCAGAGUACAAGUCUCCUACCAAUGUACCGGUUGGUCUGUAUGCGUCGGUGAAAGACCGCAAGGAGAAUGGUCUGCAUGAGGGGCAGCUGAUAGAUCUGAGAGAUGCAACGUAUGACAACACAGGAGCAGCAUCGGCCUCGGACCGCAUGUUUGAUGACACAGUGUAUGACAACAAGGAGAAUGGCAUCAUCUAUGACAAUAAAGACAAUGUCAUGGAAGAAAUGAUUGAAGGAGGAAAAGCAGCUGAUCCUUUCAAUCUGGGUCAGUUUGAUUCCAACCUGCCAAAGUCUCCUGUGACAGACAAUGUUCCAGCAUCAGGUGCCAUGAAGCCCUCUGGUGGCGCCGUUAACUCACCACCAAUAUUUGAAGAGUGGUUCCAUGGCAACAUUGGCAGGAAGCAGGCUGAAGACCGACUGGAGCAUGACGGGGACUUCCUGGUACGAGAGAGCAGUAACAGUCCUGGACAGUAUGUGCUGAGUGGCAGACAGAAUGGACAAGUCAAACAUCUGCUUCUUGUCGACCCUGAGGGAGUGGUAAGAACUAAAGACUUCAUAUUUGACAGUGUGACACAUCUCAUAACCUACCACCGCCAAAAUAAUCUACCCAUCGUCACACAAGGCAGUGAGCUCCUGCUUGUUCGACCAAUCAAAAAUAGCAUUUCAGCAAUAUGAUAUUAUCGCUGAAACCAACAGAAAACAGGAAGAGUGGAAGUAUUGCGUUGUCUUCCAGCGUGUGUAAGCCAAAUGUAGACCAUCUUGUAUUAACUAAAUGAGAAACCCCUGUGGUAUAUGCGAUGUUAACAUUGUGUGGUUUAAACAGUGUCUGUAAACCAUUUGUGUAAAUCAUUAUACAAACAUGAGGUGUACACCUGGAAUAUUAACCUUGUAUAUAUUAUUAUAUAUACCUUUUGGUUUAAUUCACGCGGUAGGAAUCAUGGUUUUAACAAAUUGAUCUAAACCAUGCUUUGAUCGCAUGGGUGACAUAUGUUUUAAACCAUGGUUUGACAAUAUGGUGUCACUCUAGGUUUAACUAUAUGUUUUAAACUAUAGCUUGACAAUAUGGUGUCAAUCAUGGUUUAACUAUAUGUCUUAAACUAUAGCUUGACAAUAUGGUGUCAAUCAUGGUUUGACUGUAUGUCUUGAACUAUAGCUUGACAAUAUGGUGUCAAUCAUGGUUUGACUGUAUGUCUUAAACUAUAGCAUGACAAUAUGGUGUCAAUCAUAGUUUAACUAUAUGUCUUAAACUAUAGCUUGACAAUAUGGUGUCAGUCAUGGUUUGACUGUAUGUCUUAAACUAUAGCAUGACAAUAUGGUGUAAAUCAUGGUUUAACUAUAUGUCUUAAACUAUAGCUUGACAAUAUGGUGUCAAUCAUGGUUUGAGCAUUUGUCUUAAACUAUUGCUUGACAAUAUGGUGUCAAUCAUGGCUUGACUGUAUGUCUUAUACCAGGGCUUGACAAAAUAGUGUCAAUCUUGGUUUGAGCAUUUGUCUUAAACUAAAGCUUGACAAUGUGGUGUCAAUGAUGGUUUAACAAGGUUUGUUUGACUGUGGCACAAAUUGAAACCAUGGAUACAUGCAGGGAUGCAACUAAACCCGAAACAUCAUCAUCCCAGGUACUGAUACUAACAUUUUGGGACACCCCCUAAAGAGCAAAAUUCUGCUUGCCUUAGGAUGCCUUUCACAUCAGACAAACUGACACGGGCUAGCAGGCUAGAGCCAAGUUGCAUCCAUGGUACCCAAGUGGAGAUGGCUGAAACUGUCCAGGUAUAUGCAGGCUGGAACUGCAUGUUUAGGGGCAACUGUAAGAAAAUAUUCUGAAUACUGAGGUUGGACCUUUCUCCAGUGUGUAUAGUAUAGGAAGGCGAACUCUCAAACUACACAUCAUUCAACAACUGGCUUUGGACAAUGAUAUGGAAGAACAAUAUUGCAAUAAGAUGAUACUUUUACAGCCCUAAUUAACAAAUGUGCUUGUCAUUCUAAUCUUCUUCCUGUUGCUGAGCAACAAGGAAACGCCCAAUGUUCUCCUGCUGACCUCGCGGUUGUGUGUCGUCAGGGUCAUGUCACUGGUAAAGCAGGUGGGCUCGUUAUCACACCUGCACAGGUGUGGCCAUAGCGUUAAAAAUGAAAGGCAACAUGCAAGUUUCUCAAACUUCAGUAUUCCUGCUGUUUGCCAAAUGAUGCAUGUAACCAACUGAUGUCUGAGUUACGUUUUACAUGUUACAUUGUUUGGUGUAUUGGAUACACUUUCUUUGUUGUCUGACUUUAUGUUUAUACUUGUCCACUGUUUGACAUUUAAGAUACUCAUGCAGGUAUCACUGCUCCUUCAAUUUCACAUUUUAUAACAUAAGUUCCUUCAGUAUAGAUAAUGGAUUUUUAAUCCAACACAAAACAGUAUUGUUGACACAAUUUUUAAGACUAUUUAUGAUGGCUCUGACUGCACAAAAUAUUGUAUAGUAGUGACAUUAUUUUGUGUUGAGAUCUGCAUAUAAUUGAAUGUACAUUGGAACGAUGAUUUGAACACUGGGAUAAUAACAUGUAUGUGUGAAUGAAUAGGCAUAAUUAUAAUGAUCUUGCUGUGAACAGGUGAAACUGGUCAUUUAACAAAAUUCCCUCCCCCAAACGAGCUCAGGCCCAAAGCAUAGUAGUGACCCUUGUGUUUGAAGAUCUCCAGUUUAGUAUCAGUAACAUUAUCAAUCCCAUUAAAAUCAGAUCUAAGUUCUCGCUACCCCUAAACAAAGAUCUGAGGACAUCCCAUAAGGGGUCACGUCAAAACGAUCAUGAUCAUCCGGAUCAUGAAAGUGACAGUCGUAAUGUGUUUCUAAUCAUGCAUCCUUGGAAACUUUAACACGGGGUAUUCCCAACGAUAGUUAACGGAUUAACGACUGAAUCCAUACAAUCUGGACCAUCUAUUAGACAUUCCAGAAUGUUCUUUUGUUCAGGUUUCAAUUUUUAAUUGAGAAUUUGUCAAAAUAUGUUUCGAAGUGUUGUCGCCAUUUUGAUAUUAGUGACGUAAAGCGCGAGAAAGGUGCCUUCCUAUUAUCAGUCAUUCCAUUGGUCGGUCAAAGUUCGUGCAAAGUCGUAAUGGGGUGCCCUCAGAUCUUUGUUUAGCACUAGAGAGAACUAUGAUCUGAUUUGAAUGAGAUUGAAACAUUCUAUGAUAGGCCUAUUGUACCGACCAGGCAGCCAUUAUGAAAGUAGGUUGUUACAUUUAAGGAUAAAGCUUAUCUGAACAGAAUCAGGGUUAAAGGCUUUAUUGCUUGGGAGAUUGUUGUGCAGACUUCAGUGGAUGUUGAAUUAUUCUUAAUAUCUCUUUAUGAUUAGUAUUUCAUAGAUUGUUUAAUGAUACUAAUUGAUAAGCAAAAGAGGGUGGUUGACUGGGGCAAAUAUUAAUGCACAUGUUUUACAAUUUCCAUAUUUUGUUUUGAGUAUUGCUUGUAUGUUUUUUUGACAUUAUAAUUUAUUCAAAGAAGCAUUCCAGCUGUAGUGAUUACUAAAAUUCUCACCAGUAAAUUUUCUGUGGGUGAGGCUGUGACAAACAAAGGUGUAUGUUACUGUAGAUGUUUGAGCCCAAUAGUGUGGAUUAGAUGAAGAAAUUACAGAGGAUUGUUUUGCAUUUGUCCAUGUGUAUGGCUUAGUUAAUGAUUCAUAUGUUGAUUUGAUUUAUUGCAUAAGAUGUUUAUGUUUAUUGAUUGCUAUCAUAAUGAUUAACAUAAACUUAUACUGACAGACAUUUUCAGGACAGAACAAAAUGGGGAAGUGUGUGUGUGUGCGUGGGAAAGGUGCACGAAAGGUCACAAACAAAAGUAAUAGAGGCCUGACACAUGUUGACACAAGUUGUACCAGUGAAAAGUGUAUGUCCAUUUAUGGUAUAUCAAGGUGAAGGUCAACAAAUUGUAUGCAUGUCCUACAUUGCAGAUUAUGUGUAAAAUUAAUGAAUGUACUUAGCUCUUUCUUAUCAGGAAAGUUUGAAGCAUCUGUGUCAAAACGAUGCACCUUAUUUUUGUUUUGUGAAUAUUUCAAUGAGCAAUAGUUGCUUUGCAAUGUUGCUGUGAACAGUAUUGAUACACUUGAUGGAUACAUACCCAAAAUAACAUGAGCAUGCUUUAUGUGUCACUUACUCCAGAGGCAAUACAACACAGUGGAACCAGUGUUUAUAUCAGGGAGAUAUCGACUUUGUGUGUGAUCAACUGUUGUUUCAACACUACUGGAGUGAAAUGUACUCAUAUAUUACAGUUGACAUGGUGUGUGAUUAUUCAAUGACAAAACUCUUACUGCUAUUCUUUUUAAAUAACAAUACAAAAUUAAAUUAUUGUGACUGCAUAUAAAUCUUGGGAGGAACUGGAAACUAAGUUUGUUCUUUAACUCUUUGACUUGAUUAAGAUGUCAAAGUAUUAUGCCUCUGUCACAUCUGCCGCCACGGCCAUGGGGUCUAAAAUAUCUACGGCCAAUAGCAAUUAUAGGGCUGCUGCAGCAUUCCCACAGUCACAUACUGCAGCACUCACAAAUGUUAGGUUAGCCGCAUGGCGUAUUUUGAAUUUGUGGAGACAGUAAACCUGCGGCUGCCGUAUGGCCUUUGAAGUGAUUAUGCACUUAGAGCAUCCCUGUGGCGGCCGUAGGUUUUGGGCAAAUAUCAAGGCAGACACAAGCCACUUGCAAGGCGCCCGCAGAGGGACCAUACAGCGACUGUGCGGCCAGACUGACGCUUCCGCUACACAGGGCAACCGCACGGCAAAUGCAAGGCCACCAUACGCCUGACGUAUGGUCGCCGUGGAACCACUCUACAGCAUGGCUACGGCAUGUCUAUUUGUCUAAUUGCUACAGCGAACACAGAAAUUAAAAAAGUUAUAACUCCGCGCUAUAUUCCCACAGCAACCCCAACGGCCCCUGAAAGAUUAUCAUACGUCCUAGGGCGACCCUGAGGCCACCGCAGAUCCUCUGCAGCCGCUGCCAUAGCGCAAAUGUGACUGAGGCAUUAGUGACAGUGACCACAGUAAUGUAUGCCAUAAUAUUUCCAGUGUAGGCUGCAGCUGAGUCAUGAUAUGUUAAAUUGUCUGUUCAGUUUAGUAUCAACAGUCUUUAUGUUUGACCAGAGGCAUGGAUGGCCUGGCUGUCCAAGGCACUGAAGAAUGCCUGUGAUUGUGGAUUCGUAUCCCAGAUUCACAAGGAGUGUGGUCCUUGGUUUGUCAGACUAAGUGGUAAAUGUCUACAGCCUGCACCACUUCAGGCUUUCCUUCUGUAUCAAACAGACAUGGUGGGAUAUGUAUGAAAUACUGUUCAAAGCGUCAUAAAACACUCACUUAUAUAUUUGAACGUCAGAGGUUCAGGUAUUUUUGAGAGAGAGUCUGUGGAAAUAAGAUUCUGUUCCGGAAUUCAAGAAGAAAAAAGUUAUAUGUCUGGAAAGAAAAGAGUGAAAAUCUCUUCAUCAUAGCCUUAUGCGAUCAUUUUGUGUUUAUCAUGAGCAUAACUGUAGUAUUAUUGUGCCAAACAAAUGCUGAUACACCCCACCAUGAUAACCAUGAUAACCCAAGUUCUGAAGUUCAGUAGAAUGUUAUGACUACUGUCAAAUUGUUCUAUUGGAGUCUUCAAUUCUCCUUAAAUAUUAUCAUGUUUUUGUGAACAAUUUUUAUAAAGAGGUCUUUUAACUUUUUAGUUUUUACAAAUUUUAUUUAAGAUAAAUAUUUGGAGAACAGAUGCUCUUUUCUUUCCACCAAGUCUGCGAUUUCUGAUAAAGUUUGGCAAUAAUGAAUGAAACCAAACUGA